AUGCAGUACGACGCUUUCCAGUGGGGCCAGACACACCCCGCCUCCACUGACGUCUCUGCCGCCUUCGACCCGAUGGGGUCAGAACAACCUCAGGUCAAGCGACAUGCGGCUUGUGACGAGUGCAGGAAACGAAAGCUCAAAUGUUCUGGUGAACUUUCAGGAUGCAGUCGUUGCAUCAAGCAAUCGCUUGUCUGUCACUACUCAGUGCAGAAGCAAAUGGGACGGCCACCCAAGAAGCGGUUGCGAGAAGAUGACACCGAUCUGUCGUUCUUAGAUCUCCCAAACAAUGGCCCCUGGCCCAGUUCCUCAGCAGUUUCCAAACCCACGACCGACUAUGGGACCGAGAUGCCGGACAUGUUGGAGGACCCCCAACUUCUAUCCUCCAUGUACCCAACACCAUACGCCUUUCCCUACCGGUUAUCGUCCGAUGAAGAGCACCACCACACCUGGCAGUUAGCGCCUAAUGAAACUUUGUCCUCAAUACCCCCCACAACAUCUCCCUGGCCAGAUUUCUCGAGUGUUUCAGCAGCAGCUCCUAAUCCAUUCACGAUGCCGCCAGGACUCACACCUCCUAUGUCAAAUUCGGGUUGUCAGGCAGGCCCCUCGGCCAAUAAGGAGUGCUCAUGCCUAUCAUAUCUCUACCUCUGCCUCAGCCAUCUUUCCUCUCUUAAGCCGUUUCCCGUAUCCCAACACACCAUUUGUUCCCUAUACAUCUCCGCCAGAACCGCUCAAGCCGUUAUCCGCUGCCAGGCAUGUCCAACGAAGUUCGAUACGGGUCUGCAGAAUGUCAUGUUCACAGGCACUCUUCUAAAUGUGAUCGCUGAUUCGUGGCUACGGGUAUCCAAGGCUGAUGCUAUGGAACUGGGUAGGCUUGUCGCCCCGCCUACCUAUACAGCAAUGGUCAACAAAUCUGAAAACCCGGCGGUUGCGUGGAAAGACUACCUCCGACAGCUGGUGCGGCACAGCGUGAUACGCGGACCCAUGGAUCCAGCUGCGAAAACGCAAUGUGCCAUCGGGACACCAAGCGUACUUGAUCUUAUCGAAGAAAUGGAGGCUCGCCAACGACGAUGGCACCAAUCUCCAGAAUCUCAUCCACUCCCGCCUCAUCAACGGCUCAAUGACCCAGACCCGGAGUCCAUGAACCGUGACGAGCAGGAUCUCCUCUGUAUUCGGGUUGCGAAAAGUGCGAGAAAUGUGAUCGCCAAAUUCGAAUUCCAGCCGGAAGAGUACGAAGAGAGUGUCCCAUCCCUGUCUCCCGAUAACAGCGUUUCGCCGUGA